CGGCCGGGCCCCAGGCUGUGGCGCGGGGCCGAGGGGAGGGGGCUGCUCCGGCGGCUGAAGCGGCGCGCCGUGGCUGAGGUGGCGGCGCGCUCGGGGCCCACGUCUAGGGCUCCCCCGGCUCGGAGCUGCAGCCGUGGCCGCUGUUUCCACAACCAUGUACCGCAGCGGCUCCCGCUCCUCCGUCUCUUCCCACCGGCCUAAAGACAGCGGCUGUGGGGGCCCGCGCAGCGGCCGCAGCUCCGGCUCCUCCUCGGGCCCGGCUCGCCGCACCUCGUCGCCGCCCUCCAGCUCCUCCUCGUCGCGGACCUCGGCUCGCCGGCCUCGCUCGCCCUCAGGACACCGCAGCCGCCGGGCCUCGCCGUCCCCAUCGCGGGGUCGCCGCGGCUCCCCGCCCCCGCCGCGGGCACGUCGCGGCUCCCCGUCGCCACCGCGGGGCCGACGACUCUUCCCGCCAGGCCCGGCUGGCUUCCGAGGCAGCAGCCGGGGGGAGUCCCGCGCCGACUUCUCCCGGGACGGCCGCGGAGACCAUCCAGGCGAUAGCCGGAGACGCUCUCCUGGUCUGUGUUCUGAUUCUUCUUUGGAACAGAACUUAAGGAUCACUGUUGGCAAUGAUCACUUCUGUGUUGGCACACCAGAACGGCGACGGCUUAGUGAUCGUCUGGGGUCACCAGUGGACAAUCUGGAUGACAUGGAUAGGGAUGACCUGACUGAUGAUUCUGUCUUCACUCGAAGCUCUCAGUGCUCUCGGGGUCUUGAAAGAUACAUUUCCCAGGAGGAGGAAGCUCUCAGUCCCUUCUUGGGACAACUUGAUGAAGACUACCGAACAAGAGAAACUUUCCUGCAUCGAUCUAAUUAUAGUCCCCAUAUCAGUUGUCAUGAGGAACUGUUGCGGGGAACAGAACGAAAUAGAGAAAAAGUCAAAGGCUCCUACUCUGUACGAUCUGAGGAGAGGAGUCGAGAGGCCAAAAGACCCCGUUACGAUGACACAGAGAAGAUACACAGCAUGGGAGGGGAUCACCCAAGUUUUACAUCAGGAACUCGGAAUUAUCGACAGCGUAGACGAAGCCCAAGCCCUAGGUUUCUAGACCCUGAGUUUCGAGAGCUGGAUCUUGCGAGGCGAAAGCGAGAGGAAGAGGAGGAGCGAAGCAGGAGCUUGAGUCAGGAGCUGGUGGGAGUUGAUGGUGGUGGCACUAAUUGUUCCAUCCCUGGCUUGUCAGGUGUCCUAACAGCAUCGGAGCCAGGAUAUUCUUUGCAUCGGCCUGAUGAAGUGUCUGUGAUGCCCAAGAAGUCCAUUCUGAAGAAGCGAAUUGAGGUGGACAUGGAGCCUUCUAUGCAGCUUGAGAAUUUUUCCAGCAGUACCAACCCCAGCCGGGAUCACCCUCUCUACUCUGGACACCCACCUAUUCCACUAAGUGGUGCUAUUGCUGCUUUUGCCUCAGAGAUUGAAAAUAAGGGGACUGUGGUAGAGACUACACUGAAAGAACCCCAGAGCAACCUCUACCAAUGGGGUCCCCUUCCUGGGAUGCCCAAAGACAAUAGUCCUCUCAGAGAAAAAUAUGAAGGUUUUCUGUGCCACAAGGAAAAAUUGGAUUUGAAGGCUGAGGGACCUGAGCGACACACAGACUUCUUACUGCCCCAUGAAAGAGCUAGCCAGGAUGGCAGUGGCUUUUCCCGCAUUCUGAGCAUGUUGGCUGAUUCUACCAGUACACAGGAAAAAAGGCGGCGUAGCUUCCCUGAUAUUGAGGAUGAGGAGAAAUUUCUCUAUGGGGAUGAAGAAGAGGAUUUAAAGGCAGAAUCCCUACCAAAGUCUGUUGGGGGCUCUGAGAAUGAAGUUGUGAGGCAAAAGGCAAGCUCUCUGCCCUCGUCAGCUCCAACUGUAAAGCUAGAAUCAUUAGAAGAGACCAAUCCUGAAUAUGCUAAGAUUCAUGACUUGCUUAAGACUGUAGGGCUGGAUAUUGGGGUAGCAGAGAUUAGUAAACUGGCUGUGCGCACCCAGGAACGACUUCAUGGCAAAAAGCCAUCAUUACGCUCCUCAGCUGACCGUCGUUCUUCAGUUGACCGACAUUUUUCGACUGACCGCUGUUCCUCAGUUGACCACCGUUUCUCAGCUGAUCGACGCUCCUCAGAUCCCCACAGACUGGAAAGCAGGGAUGCACACCAUAGCAAUACUCAUUCCCCAGAGGUGUCCCAUCCACACCCAGCCUCCCCUGUGGAUCCUUACCUACUCACAAAAAAUAGCCCCCCAUUCUUAAAGUCUGAUCAUUCAGUGGGUCAUAUUUCAGGACCAGAAGUGGUUGGCAGUGGGUUUCAGUCUUCUGUUGCAGUCAGGUGCAUGUUGCCAUCAGCCCCAUCUGCCCCAAUUAGACUUCCACAUUCUGCUUCUUUAUCUCAGUUUCAUAUGCCACGGGCCUCUCAGUUUUCUGCAGCACGGAUACCUCCAAACUACCAGGGACCUGCCAUUCCCCCUGCUUCCUUUGAUGCCUAUAGGCACUAUAUGGCAUAUGCAGCUUCAAGAUGGCCCAUAUACCCCACCUCUCAGCCAUCAAACCACCCUUUAGCUGAACCACACAGAAUAAUGCCAGUAACCAAACAAGCUACUCGUAGCCGUCCUAACCUCCGUGUGAUCCCCACUGUGACUCCUGAUGAGCCUAAACAGGAGGAGUCAGUGCUAGGCUCAAUUCCUGCAGCCCAAGUGCCUGUCCAGGUGUCCAUCCCAUCACUCAUAAGAUACAAUCCGGAGAAGAUCUCUGAUGAGAAGAACCGUGCUUCCCAGAAGCAGAAGGUUAUCGAAGAGAGGGAAAAACUAAAGAGUGACCGGGAAGCCCGUCAGAAAAAGAUGUACUAUCUCAGGACUGAAUUGGAGCGGCUUCAUAAACAACAAGGGGAAAUGCUACGCAAGAAACGAAGGGAGAAGGAUGGCCACAAAGACCCGCUCCUGGUGGAGGUGAGUCGGCUUCAGGAUAACAUUAUGAAGGACAUUGCAGAGCUCCGACAACAGGCAGAAGAGGCAGAAAAGAAGCAAUCUGAACUGGACAAAGUGGCUCAAAUCUUGGGAAUUAACAUCUUUGAUAAAUCCCAGAAGUCUUCAAAUGACAGUAAAGAGGCUACAGAAAAGCCUGGGAAAGCAGAAAAAUCUAAGAGCCCGGAAAAAGUAUCAUCGUCUUCUAACUCCUCGUCCAACAAGGAGUCAAAAGUAAACAACGAGAAGUCCCAUACUAAGAGCCCUAAGCCUGCCGAAAGCCCCCAGGCAGCUACUAAGCAGUCGGAUCAGCCCACUGCUGCUUAUGAGUAUUACGAUGCUGGCAAUCACUGGUGCAAAGACUGUAAUACCAUCUGUGGGACCAUGUUUGACUUCUUCACUCAUAUGCACAAUAAGAAGCACACACAGACACUGGAUCCCUACAACAGACCUUGGGCUUCAAAGACCCAGAGUGAGGCCAAGCAAGAUGCUAUAAAGCGCACUGACAAGAUAACUGUUCCAGCAAAAGGCUCUGAGUUUCUGAUUCCCGUCACUGGAUUUUACUGCCAGCUGUGUGAGGAAUUUUUGGGGGAUCCAAUUUCUGGGGAGCAACACGUGAAGGGUCACCAACAUAAUGAGAAAUAUAAGAAAUAUGUGGAUGAAAACCCAUUAUAUGAGGAGCGGCGGAAUCUGGACCGCCAAGCUGGCUUGGCCGUGGUCCUGGAGACAGAACGGCGACGGCAGAGUGAGCUAAAGCGCAAGCUUAGUGAGAAACCAAAGGAGGAGAAGAAAGAAAAAAAGGCAAAGGUCAUGAAGGAAAUGAAGGAGGAUGACAAGGUCUCUGAUGAAUUAGAAGACCAACUCUCCGAGGGUAGGAAUUCCCCUGAAAAAGCCGAAAAUAAAAGGAACACCAUCAAACUUCAAUUAAAAGAAGAGGUAAAGAAGGAAUCACCAACUUCAUCUUCUUUUGGGAAAUUCAGCUGGAAGAAGCCAGAAAAAGAAGAGGAAAAAAGUUCAGUGGUAACCCCAAGUAUCCCUAAAGAAGAGAUCAUGGAAAACAGUAAAGACAAAGAGGAUGGCAAAGCUGAAGCUGGAAAGGCAAAACCCAUCAAAAUCAAGCUCUCCGGGAAAACUGUUGUUGCACAUACCAGCCCUUGGAUGCCUGUUGUGACAACUUCAACACAGACUAAGAUCCGACCCAACCUGCCUAUUCCAUCCACGAUACUCCGCAAGUCAGGUUCAGCCACAGUGAGCAAACCAGCUCCUCUUAACACCUUUCUGUCCAUCAAAUCGUCUGGAACCACUGCUAAACCUCUGCCAGUGGUUAAAGAGUCUUCAGCUGAUCUUCUCUUACCUCCAGACAUCAUCUCUAAGGCAUUUGGAGGGGAAGAGGUAAUUCUAAAAGGGUCUCCAGAGGAAAAAAUGGUGCUGGCUGAAAAAAAUGAGCCAUCCCAUAUACCAGAGCAAAUGCUACCACCUCUCCCACCACCACCACCACCACCACCACCUCCCCCACCCCCAGCUAUACCUCAUCCAGCUGCCCCAUCUGCUGCACAAGCAAAUGUUGUCUUGACUCCAGUAAAAUCAGUUGUAUCUCAGACUCUCAGCCCUGGAUUCCAGGGCCCUACCAUUUUGAACCCAGUGUUGCCUGCGGCCAUCAUGGCCUCAGCACAGCCAACUCCCAUUCCUUCUGAUGAGACAGCUCCUGGGGUGAGUGAGAGUGACCGGGACCAGACCCUAUUCUCUGUGUUAGUACGUCCUCCGCCACCCCUCUCAAGUGUGUUCAGUGAACAAGCAAAAAAAUUGGAGAAACGAAAUUCAUGCUUAGCCACAGCCAAUGCUAAGGACCUAUAUGACAUAUUCUAUAGUAGUGGGGGAAAGGGGGGCCCUGAGACUAAGCUGAGUGGUGGUCUAUUGGCCAACGGGGAAAACAGCAACCCCUCUAGACCUGAAAGUUUAGACAACUCUUCCACUUCUUCUUUGAACAGCAGUGCAUCCCAAGAGAAGUCUCAAGAUAGUGGUUUGGCUACUGCUUCUGUAGUCAACAACUCUGAAAAGCCCCUUGCAAAAACUCUGGUGCCCCUAGGGAAGUGGUCAGUGGUAGAACACAUAGACCCAAAAAGCAGAGGCAGCAGCUAUGGCUUCUUACAGCCUCUGACAAGGUUAUGUCAAAGCAGACCUUACGAAACUCUUACACCAAAGACAGACACUUUGGCUUUGUGGACUUCUAGUUCUUUCCAGAAUGACACUAAUAGGGAUAUAGCUCCAGAGGAGAAAACUGAGCUUGACCUAGGAGAGCCGGGGCCACCUGGUGUAGAACCAGCCCGUCAGCUCUUAGAUAUACACUGCUAUACCAAGAAGUCUAAGAAGUUGGUAGAAAUCCACCUCAUAGAAUCUGGUAAGCAGAAUAAAGAACGCCAAGAGCUCCAUUAUCCUGAGGAUUUUAGAGAAAGUGAGGUAGACACACACACUGAACUAAAAGGAAGGGUAGCAAAACUCUGUGAGGGGGUAAUUGAAGAGGGAACCAGGAGCAACGCUGGGCCACACAGCAUAGAAAAUUCUAAUCUAAACCAUGGGAACAGGUACAUGUGGGAAGGAGAAGUAGAACAGCCUAAGUUGCUAAUGAUUGACAAGGAGGCUGAACAGUCCAAGAAAUUGACAGGAAGUGAAACUACAAGUAAAGUAGUGAUUGAAUUGAGUGCACAAGCUCUCUCGUCCACAAAGACAAAACUAGACACAUAUCCAUCAGAAGCUAGGUCAUUACUCCUGAACCCACAAGAUAAACCUGUGAAAAUUUCUGCUCCAGAACUGCAUCUUGAGACUCCAGUCAGAUCUACUGUGUGUUUAACAGAUAGUUCACAGGAACAAAGAGUUUCAGCUGGUAGUGAGGAAUGGUUAGAAAAUUCAGCUCCAGAACCAGCAUCUAGAACUUUUAGGUACAGAAGCCUCCAACUCAAGAGAGAAAGAUCAAAAGACUUUCAAGGUCAAAAGAUCUAUGAGCUGGCUGUUUGGGAUGAGAACAAUAAGAAGCCAAAGACCUGGGAGAGCCCAGAAAAACCAGAAGUAGAAGCUCUGGAGCUACGAGAUGUCCAUCCAGAAUUAACAGUGACAAUAGGAAGCAAGGCCUUAGAAGACUUUGAAGCUACAGAUUUAAAGGUAGAGGAGCUUGCCACUCUGGAAAAUCUGAGGAGUAUGCAUGUUGAUAUCUGCAAUACUCAAGUAGACCCAGCACAUAGAUCACCAGCCACCCUGUCUCAGAAAGUGUGUGAAGAAAAUUCUAUAUCACCUCUAGAGUGUAAUCCCUCUGUUUCCACUGACUUUGAAUCAAUCCCAUCUUUUUCUGGUUUUCCAUUAGAUUCUCCCAAAACCUUGGUGCUUAAAUUUGAGACGGAGAGUGAACUAAACUCAUCUAAUCCAAGAAGCAGAAUCACUUCUAACAUUGUGAAAACUGAAUUUCCUCUAGAAAAUGUUGACCGUGGCUUGGGGGCCCUAGAGGGAAUGCACCAGGCCCUCGACCUUUUAGCAGGAGGAAUGAUGCCUGAGGAAGUAGAAGAAACUUGCCAAUUAGAGAAACAAGAGUCACUCAGAUUAGAAUCAGAAACAGUUAAUCCUGCAGGCCUUGGGCCAUCUCCUUGCCUUCCAGACCUUGUUGACUUUGUAACUCGGACUUCUGGGGUUCAGAAAGAGAAACUGUGUUCUCUACUCUCUGAGCCAGGUGACCCUCCUAAGUAUAGUUCCCUGGAGAUGGGCCCACUACCACUAGAAAUACCUGAUGCAUCCAUCACAGACACAGCAGUUCCUCAAGUAGAUGAAGACAAUGGCAACACUUUGAAUUUGGUAAAAAUUUCAGCUUCACAGUCUUCUCCAAGGGAACAGGUAGUUGGAGGCAAUGUGGUCCCUGAGGAAAUGGUUGAACAAGAAGCUACAAUUGAUGCCAUCCAGGACCACACAGAAUCCAGUGUUUACAAGCAAGAAUAAAUACCCAGAGUUAUUUGUGGAUGAAUCUAAUUGGCUUCUAGAAAUCAGACACCCAGAGGAUUCAGGACUAGUUUAUUAUCUCACCUGGAACCUACACCAAGAGAUGCAGUCAGCUACAGUAUAUGUUUGUGGAAACUAAAAAAUUUACCUCCCUUUUCCCUUUCCCUUUAAGAUACUAGACAAAUCAAUCAUAACUUCUAUACAUAUCUGUAAAAAGUGUUUUCUGUUAAUUUUUGUUUGUUUGUUUUGGCCAAUUUUGUCAUUAAAAUCAAAUGUCUAUCUGCCUCACCACAUAGUGUGCUCCGAUUGUAUUUUGGCUUUGACUCUGCCAUUCCUGGAAUGUGGGGGAGGAGGAAGGGAGAGAUGACUUCUCCGAUUUUUGUGUUGUAUUCCUACCCAAUUUCCUGGGCAGCUGAUGGAUCUCUGAACACCAGAGAGCUUACUAAAGUGGAAAACUUGAAGGAGGAAUUGUUCAUCUUUAGGCUUUCAUUUGGACGCCUUAACAUUGUUUGAAAUGUACCAUUAAUAAUUGUUUUGUUACUGGCUACUUCCCUUAUUGGCAUGUCAACUCCUGUAUGUGCAUCCCUUACUCUGUUGCCUUUGCUUGAGAUGGUCCUGCUAACUCACAGACCUGGAUGGAAAUGGCCUCAGUAAACAUGGAAGAAAAUCUGGCAGGCUCACUUUUGGAAGACGACAAAUCGGUAAGGCUUAAUAUUCGUGGCUCAGUGUUGGAAGCAGAUACACUUUUGGGGAUCACUUUUUUUUGAAAUGGCCUUUUUUCAUUGUAUUGUGAUUCAGUAACACUUUGUACUAAAUUGUGUUAAAUUGUUCAGUGGCCAUUUCUGUACUGAAGAGGUAGAAUUUCAAAUUUGUCUUGGGAUUGGACUCAUUCCUUGUUCCACAAACCUGAUGUAUCUUUUCCUCUUCCUCCUUCCCUGAAUUAUGUCCACCAUAGUGUGAUGUUUUGGGUUGUACAUUUUGUUUAAAAGAUUAAAGAAAUUUAUGAGUUGUCUUGGGCAUGUUUAACUUUAUUUUUCAUGUGUUAAUUACUUGGAAUAAAUGCAUUAAUCUCAUGUUUCUUUCUGGAUUUUUGUUUUGAAACCACACAUGUUUGAACUUGAAAGGAAAACUAGAAUAAUGAACUCUUGGCUGCCUUACUGUCAACUGACACCCUUUCUUUCACUUGUUAGAGCUACUUUCUUCAUGCCAGAAUGUUAAAUCAUAUAAUCUGUGCCCCAGUGCUGCCAGGAUGGGUAGUGAGUAGUCAGCUGGUCUGGUAUUGGCAUUUUCCAAUUUGAAGCUUUUUAUAUAUCCUUGUGUUGACUUUCCCAAGGAUCUUCUGGGAAGUAAGGUCCCCUAGGACAAUCAGGUUCUUGUUAAAGGUGCUCUUGGGAACCAGAGAACUGAGUCCUCAGAUUUUCUAAUCUCUGUCCCAGAGUCCUAGUCCCCUCCUGUUCCUCAGGGAUAAUUUGAAAUUGCUGAUCAUUUUUUCCUAAGAUUUUUUUUUUUCUAUUUCUUUGUGUGCAGAGCUAUAGAAUCCCUAGGUUGAGUUUGGGAGGUUAUUUAAUUUUAGAACCUUGACUAAUUUCAGUUUGGAAGUUAUCCUGGUCUUUCUUCAUCAUAUUGGGGAAAGGGCACAGAUCUGAGCUAGAUCCUUGAAUAUACCUCAGCAAUUUGCUUGCUGUGAUUUGUGACAGGUUACUUUACUUCUGUGUCAUAGGGUUGUUUCAUUUUCCUGUUUUUAAAAAGAUCAUCUCCAUCUCGGCACCAAAUAUGUACAGUGCUAGGCCAUCCUGUCUGUGUAAUCUUUCUAGGCCUGUUUUUUUGUUUGUUUGUUUGUGGGGUUUUUUUGUUUUUGUUUUUUUUUUUUUGUUUUUAGUGAAGCCUAAAUCCAGUGAAUUUUUCUGGCUUAGAAAUAAUGGACUAGCUCAAAAGGUAUCUUUUAGUAAAGCUUAAGCCCAGGUGAGCUGAGCUUCAGAGAAAUUUGUUUUCCCAGAGAAAUUCUCCUUCCCCAUCCUUAUAGGUUAUCUAUAGGAAUUCCGUAAAAAUAAGAAUUUUAAAUGCCAGUUGUACUGAUGGUCAGGAUUAUUCACUUAUAAAUUCACCUCUAUUUGGGGAGAGACAGGUGGCUUUAGGGAAGAGUGGAGAAAUUUGAUCAUACCCAGGUCCCAAUCUAAUGUCACUUCCUCUCAGAGUCACAAUCUUACUCUCUAGGUUAGGAAGGGUCCACUUGAGAGGGGUGACAAGAGAGAGGCAGAGCCUAGGAAGGGCAGAACUAAUACAAGUAGCUGGGGCUAGAGUAUUUUGAGCCUAAGCUUUGGUAGCCGUUCCUCUUGUGCUGUAUGGACAACUUCAAGAUUUACACCAAAUGUGUCUACCAAUCUGGGGCUUUUUCUGGAUUAAUGCUCACUUCUAAGAAAUUAAGGAAUGUCAUUCUUACCUUCCUUGAACCAGCAGAGGAAGAGCUUUUAGUAUUUUGCAGUAUAGACAGGCAGUAUUGUUAGCUUCUCCUUCAAUCAACAGGAUCUAGCUUUGCAGCCCAUCCAGAGAAGCCAGGUAAAAGAAAGGGCAGAAUUCUAACCCAAUAGCCUAGUGCCUAGAGUUAGAGCAUAUUCGUUCGUUUUAUUCACUGUUAUCACAAUACUAAAUAAGUGUUCAACUUGUAAUUACGACACAAGCAUGUAAGCAGUGGGCUCUGAUCUUUACAUGUGGCUUGUGUUAUAACUUUUGAAUUUAUACAAACAUCAAGACAGAUUUUUAUUGGACUCCUUCAACUGUGAAAACAAAUGAUCAGCACUUACAUUUGAAUUGGGCAAAUACCUAAUUUUAUUUACAUUGUAGAAAUAAGCCCCUAAAAAGUCUACUUAGCUUUGUGAAUGAAGGCCUCCUGAUUUAUAAGCAUCAUUCUUCUAUUCAAAGCUGUUCACAGGGCACAUAAUCUUUGUUUCUGCUGAUAAUAUAGGUGAGUGUUACCACUUUACCCCAAGCCACUUCAUCUCUCUAAAAAGUCAAAAAGUUAAUGUUUUGGUAACAGUACGCCAGAAUAUGAGUCCAUAAUUUUUCAGACUACCAGGUUUGGGUACUAAGGAAGAAUGGGGUAGGGGGUAGGGCAGAUACAGGCAUCCUAUAGGGAUAUUAAGUGUAUUGUUUAAAAAUUUGGGGUAGGUUUCAAGAGGAGGUGGUAACCUACAAAAGAAGUAAGGGGAGUGGUUUUUAAAAAUAUAUGUAUAUAUUCCUAAACUUUGGUUCUCCUUACCUCAACAAAGCUUACCUACCAAGCCCAGGAUGAGAACCUAAGCAAAGUAUUCAUUUAUUAACCAUUUAUGUGAAAGCAUGAACAAAUGAAAAUAGUUUGGGAAUGUGAGCACAUUUCAUGUUUAUUUGGAAUUUUAUUUUACAGUAAUAUUUAUAUAAUUUUUAAAAAACUAUGUGAUAACUAUUUAUUGAUAACCCAAGGAAAUCAGAGUUUAUAAUCAAAAUCUUCUCUUAAAAAAAUAGUACAUCUCUCCUGAUUUGCCCUCAAUCCAUAUAAAUUUUCAGAAAAAAAAUAAAUAUGUAUAUUUGUGUUGUAGCACUUAACAUAGUUGUAAUUCUACAUGUAUGUUUCUUUGACUAAUAUGUUUCCCCCACCUUCUCCCAAUUACGUUAUAAACUCUCCAAAGCAGGAAGUUUGUCUUUACUUAACUGUUUUUUUUUUUUUUUUAUCAUUGUAUUCACGGUGCAAUUGCC